AUGAGCUCGCCGCAGAAGAAGACCGCCGCCGCAACAGAGGGUAACCUCUCUGUUGCUCAGUACCAUGAGCGCCAGCAGGCAAAGCGCGACGCGCUCGCUGCAAAGGCCGCGUCGGGGACAACUCAGUCGGAGAUUGUCCUCGAAGGUUCCUCUGUAGUCAACGACGCCGUUGACUACGAAGACGACGACGUGGAGAUGGAAGAGGGCGAGGCCUCUUCCAACAAGCGCAAGGAGUCUAUCGACAGUGAUAGUCUCGACCCGCAUGUCGGGUCGAGACGCCCUCGUGAAGGAGACGACUCGGACGCUUCGAGCUCGAAGCGUUCGCGCGGCGAGAGCGACACUCCGCUCUCCGCUGCUGGGGCUUCAAGCUCCCCGCGUGAGGUGGCGUCUUCAAGUUCUCCGCGCGCUGCUCAGGCAGCGCGCGAUCCGUGGAUGCCGUCUGCGUCAGAGAUCGCAGACCGUGUGGGCAACACCGUGCCUCCAAAUGAAAUUCCGCUGUAUAACUUCAACAAGAAGCCGGCUGCUUACCGUGAGCGGGUUAAGCAUGCCAGUGAGCGCUUCGAGACAUUCUCGACGCGCGGGAGGCUGGGGCAGCUCCACCGAUCCUCUGUGGACGCUGGUAUUCCAUGCGCUGUGCCCGAAGGCCAUCAGUGCACGUUGUGUCUUUCGGGUGCGGUGCGCUUGAGCGACCGCGACCUAAACGGGUACACGACGAUUCGUGUACCUGCGAGUCUCAAGGAUCUCCGUGCCAAGUUCUUGGCACGUGAGGAACGCGACGAUCGUGGGACCUCGGGCGCUGUAGGUGACCACAGCGCUCGCACUCCCUUCGCGUCGGAAGUGCGUGGUGAGCUUCGUACUCCCUCACCAUUUCCGGAACGUCCUGCAGCAGGACGUCCCGUGGCUCCCAUGUAUCUUGGUGGGGCGGAAACCCUCUCCAACGAAUACGAUAACGAACCGGCUGCCGGUUCGUUUUCGGGAUACUAUGGUUCACAAUACGCUCAACAAUCCAGCGUGUUGAGCCGCGGGCGUCGCGGAUCGGAGGCGGCGGUGGUGGGAACACGCCCCGGGUAUGGUCAACCUGGGGUUGACCUUGGCCCGACGCUCGAGGAGCGGGUCGCUGCUGUGGAGCAGCUUCAGAGCCGUGAGUUCGCCGCUCUGAAGCAGGAGAUGGCGUCCCUGAGAGCUCAAGUUGCUCAGGCCUCGCAGACCGCGUCGGACAUCUCUGUCGACGUGGGAGGUCGCGUCGCAGCUUGGCCCAGCGCGUUUCACACGCUGGAGCGGAGGUUCGCUCCCGCUGGGGCUUCCGCUUCGGGCCAGCCGAGCUAG